AUGUCCAUCUCCAUCCCUGUGGAAAUCUGGCAGGCUCUCCUGUGCAAAAUUGAAUCCAUGGAAACCCAAAUCCGAGCGGCUCAGAAGGAUCCAGAAUCAUCUCAGACCGUCUCUCCCUCUCUAGGCGCUCCACGACGAAUCGACCAAGAUCUCAUCGCCAUGAGGAACCCGAGAAACCCUCGUGGUGCCUUUUCCCCGGGUUAUGGAGUCAGGGGGACCCAAGUCCACGAGGAUCCCUCUGAAGACUUGAUCAGUCUGGAGGGUACCACCCAUCGUAUCUAUCCGGCUCCAAAAGAGCCAUCGCCUCCGUCCAACUUGGAGGAGGGAUGGUCAGAGCCGUCUGUUACGAUUCGACAUUCGGACAGGCCGGUAAUACAGGCGAUCGACAAUGCUCAACAACGUCAGGCGCCACUGCAAGAAGCUAUCCAUUCCCCUGGAUCUCCUAGUCUCGGGCCCGGAGGUGGCUCCUUCAUUCCCUGGCAGGGAGGAGUUGUAUACAAGGACGAAAGUCUCAACGCUCCGGUCGAGCUUUCUGUCGAGGAUCUCCUCUCAGGCUUAUCAGGAAAGCGAGAGUCGUGGGGCCGCUCAAAGAACAAAGGGGUUACCAUGACCGAGUCUCUAGGAUGGCAACCGCAAGGUAGUCACCUCUCGGGACCGCCCGGGAGUUCUGGUGCCUGCAGAAAGUGCGGCAAGGAGGGUCACUGGUCGAAGGAGUGCCCAAACCCUGGCUUCGGUCCCGGAGCCUCGUGCCAUAAUUGUGGUGUGACUGGGCAUAUGACUGCCCGGAGUCGAGGAAGGGUAAUUAUGGCCAGGGAACUGAAGUACCAUACUGGCCUUCCAAGAGUUCCCAAGCUGCAGACUCGACUUCGGGAGACGAUGACGGUUGGGGGGAAGCCGUCUAAGCCAUCAGCUCGUCAUGUCGCGGCGGGACCGCAUGAGCCACCCACGAGCGCCUAUGAUAUUGACAAUUCUGGAACUGGUGUGCAGACCCCUUCUCGAGCUCGCGCAGAGCCACACAUCAAUCCGGAUCGACUACGAAUGAUGGGUCGUGGUGGAAAAUCUACAGGACGACAGUAUCAGCCUGGCCCUGGUCCAAUCCGACAGGGGCCAACCGGAUCAAUGGCUCCACAGAGAGAUAACGGAUGGGGCUCGCAAUCCAAACAGGUUAUACCUGAACGAGAUGCCAAUUUGGUCCGAACAGACGACACGGCGAGUAACGGAUUUGGCGGCUGGUGA